AUGAUUUUUUGGUUGAUUAGAACAAUAUUCCUCUCAGCAGUUAUAGGAUAAAAAGAAUACUCUAAUUAUUACAGUGUAUUUGGAAGUGAUUAUGAAUUGUGUCCUGAUUUACAUACAUAUGUGCCUGGUAUGCAUCCGCAUUAAUGUGUUUGUAAUUAUAAGUGCUAUUAAUAGCUUAUGCUUCGGUUUGCUAAGGUGUUACAACAGUGGUAAUAAAAACUUUAACAAAUGGAACUUAACAUAUAUGCCAUCCAAGAUAUCAACCAUUUCUAAUAGGGGCUAUAACUAAAGACACCUAUUCAGUUCAUUGCGGAUAUCAAUUUGGUUUCUCAUUAGUAAUGGAACUCCAAUAUGAUGGAUUUUAUAAAUACUAUUGUGGAGGUAAAAAUUGUUAAUUUUUAAAUAGAUUUUAGAAAUUCAGGUUUAAAUCUUUAGAGAUGUUUGAUAGUUGUAGCAUAAUAAGGUUUCAUUAAAUGUCUAUAUUGUAAAUUUCCAUUCUUUGAUUAUGAGUGUAAAUAAGUUUAGAUAGGUUAUAAUUAAUAAUCUGUAGGUACUCCUUCAACCGUUUAAAGUAAUUCAAAUAUGAUUAUUCUAGGGUGUAAUGGUUAAUGUUUGGAUUGUAAUGGAUAAGGAUAUUGUAAUUAAUGUAGAGAAGGUUUUUCAAGAAAAGAUGAUUAUGAUAUUAGUUGUUCAUUAGGUAAAUAAAAUAUUACAAUUUGAUAGAUUGUUAGGGAUUUCGAUCUUGUUAUCUUGAUACAUAAUAAAAUGUAAUUGGGAAUCCUGGAUGCAAAUCAGGAUACUAUGGCACGGGAUCUUAAUGCUUUUAUUGUUAAUAUAUUAACAAAUAUUUUAUAGCCUAUAUUUAUCGUUGUUAAGAUCCAUAUUAAGGUACUUCUGGAAUGGGUUGUUAUAAGUGUUAAGAAGGAUUUUUUUUAGGAAGAAAUUAUGCGCAGGAUGCAUAUUACACAUAUUGUUAUUAGUAUGAUUGGAAUUGUAACAAAGAUAGAUAAUCAGUAGUUGAAAAAAGAGACGCUUGGAAUGAUUAUAAAUAUCUUGUAAUUCUUUGGAAUAUACAUAGGUAUAUUGUUAGUUAUGCGAUCCAGGAUACAUUUAAUUAGAGAAAUAAGCUUUUGUUUUUGUAACAUUGAAUUUAUCAAUUUUUUAGAGAUUAGUUAUAUUAAAUAAGGUUGUGUCUUAUUAGAUACAUUUGGUGUUAAUUGUAUAGCUUGUCUUCCACAAUAUGCUUUACAAACAAAUGGCACAUGCUAAUAUUAUUAAUGUGCACUAUAAUGUUCAACUUGUUUGGACACUGAUCCAAAUUUUUGUACCACUUGUGAUAGCACAGUAAAUCAAAUAGCUGAUAAUGGUAUCUGCAAAUGCUUACCAAAUUCUGGUUUGUAGGAAGGAAAAUGCACACUUUGUAAGGAGGGUUAUUGUCAAGAAUGUGAACUAGAGGAUUUUUAUUCAUGUAUUUCAUGUAAAGAAGGAUCAAAUAGAAUACUCAUCGAUAAACAAUGCCCUUGUUUAUCUGGUUAUUUUGAUCCUGAAAAUGAAGAUUAAAUAUGUCUCCGUAUAUUGACUAAAUCAUAUUUUAGCCUGUGAUAUUAGUUGUCCAAAUUGUUUUGGUCCAACAAAUUUAGAAUGUACUGAAUGUCUAGAGGAAAGUAUUUCAAAUAGAAUUAAAAUUACUGAUUCUUGUCCAUGUAAAAAUGGAUAUGCUGAUUAUGCUAAUAAGCAAUCAAAAUGUGGAAGUAUAAAUUAUAAUUAAUUUCAGAAUGCCAUCCAAAAUGUCAAACAUGUUUUUAAGCAGCUGAUGAAACCUAAAAUUAAUAUUGUCUUACAUGUAUAACUGGAUAGAAUCGUGUUGUUUCAGAUACUUUUAAUUGUAAUUGUAAAGUGAAUUCUGGGGAUCUUGAUGGUACUUUAGAAAUUUGUAUAAGUAAUUUCGUAAAUUAUACAUAGUUUGUCAUUAUACAUGUGGAAUCUGUAUUGGUACUGAAUCCACUAAUUGCAUAUAAUGUGAAUAAAGCACUUUUAGAGAAUUGACACCUUCGGGAGAAUGCUUAUGUAAAUUAUCAUAUUAUGAUGAUAAUACAGAAAAUAUAGAAUGCUAAAGUAAUAUAUUAGAUUUGAUUUAUAGAGUGCCAUUAUUCAUGUGUAACAUGCGCAAACUCUAUUGAAAAAGAUGCAUGUGUAUAAUGUCCUUCAACCCGAAAAGCUAAUUCAUCAGGCAGUUAAUUUGAAUGCCUUUGUAUUAAUGAAAAUACUUUUGAUGAUGGAUUUUCAUAAGAAUGUCAACAAUGUGAUAAAUAUUGUUUAACAUGUAAUGGUCCACUUUCAUCAAAUUGUCUAACAUGUGAUUUAAAUUAUAGAUAAAUGGACUUAUCAUCUUGCAUAUGCCCAGCUGGAUAUUAUGAUACUUAAAUAACAUUAGAAUGCCACUAUUCUUGUCACUAAUGUUUUGAUAACAUUUCAGAAAGUUGUAUUGUUUGUUCUCUUGAACUUAAUUUUAGAGUAUUAAAAGGUAAUUUCUGCAAAUGUAUUGAUGGUUAUUAUGAAGAGGCUGGAAUUGCUUAGUGUAAAAGUAAAUAUUCUAAUUUUUAAUAAUUUAUUAGAAUGUUCAUAUAAAUGUGAAACAUGUGAAAACCAAUCAGAAAAAUGUUUGAGCUGCCCAUUAAAUUCUUUAUGUAUAUUCGAUCCUAUUAAGAGAUGUUUUUGUCCAGGAGAGUAUUAUGAUAAAGAAAAUGAAUUUGCUUGUUAAAGUAAUUAUCAUAUAUUUUGCAGGAUGCCAUUUCAAAUGUUAAUCUUGUGAUGGGAAGGAUCAAGAUAAUUGUCUUUCUUGUGAUUCUGUUGCUAAUAGAGAAAUAAAAAAUAAUGAAUGCAAAUGCUAACCACAUUAUUUUGAAAUGGAAGUUUAGGAAUGCACUAGUAAUAAUAUUAUAUCUAAAUAUAGCUUGCAGUGCACUAUGUUAUGAAUGUAUAAACAAUUUUGAAAAUUGUACUUCAUGCAAUAGUGAUAGAUAUUUAGUUGAAAGUAAAUGCAAAUGUAUUACUAAAUUAAAUGGAGGAGCAAUAAGUACAUUUGAAUAUAAUGGGAUGGUUUAAUGUUAAAGUAUAAAUUCGAAUAAUAAUUAGAAUGUCAUUAUUCAUGUGGUACCUGUGGAGGAUUUGAAGAAGGAGAUUGUAAUUCUUGUGCAGAUACUGAUCACAGAUUAUAAGUUGGAAAUACAUGUAUCUGUGAAGAAGGAUACUAUGAUGUAGGAUUGCCUGUUUGUUAAAGUAUUAAUAGAUUUUAAUACAUAGGAUGCAAUUAUCAAUGUAAAGGCUGUUCGAAGUUAUCUGAUAGUUGUACUUCUUGUCCUGAUAAUAGCUUCAGAUAACUUGUUUCAGGUUUUAAUAAAUGCCAAUGUAUCCAAAGAUAUUAUGAUGAUGGAUUCAAUGAAGUUUGCUAAAGUAAUUAUUUUUUUUAUCAUUUUAAGAAUGCCAUUAUUAAUGUCUCAGAUGCAAUGAACUUGAAACAAAAUGUGAAUUAUGUUCCACUUAAUCAAACAGAAUUUAUAAUGAUCUUCUUUUUUCCUGUGAUUGUAAUAUUGGAUAUUAUGAUAUUGGAGUUGAAGAUUGUUAAAAAUGUUACUACUCAUGUUUAGCUUGCAAUUCUGGAGAUUCUAAUUCCUGUAUUUCGUGUAUAGAAAUGAAUACUUCAAAGAGAGUAUUUUAUAAUAAUAAAUGCAUAUGUUUAUUUGGAUAUUAUGAUGAUGGUUCUAAAAUAUCAUGUUUAAAAUGUGAUAUUUAAUGUUUAAGUUGUGUUGAACAAUCUUAUUAAUGCUUAUCUUGUCCAUAAACAAGAAAAAUAGAAACCAAUUGUAAAUGCCAGAAAGGAUAUUAUGAUGUUGGCUUAUAAAUUUGUCCAUAAUGUAAUUCUAAUUGCUUUACAUGUGAAAUUUCAUCAAAAAACUGCACAUCAUGCGAUUCUACUUAAUUUAGAGAACUUAAUAUAAUAACUUAAACUUGCGAUUGCUAAAAAGGUUAUCUUGAAAUCAAUGAAAUUUGUCAAAAAUGCUAUACUAGUUGUAAAACAUGUGCUUAAUCAAUAAAUAAUUGUACUUCUUGUGUAUAAUUUCGAUACUUGAAAAAUAAUGAAUGUAUUUGUAAUGAAGGAAUGUAUGAAUCAAAUGUUGAUAAAUUAUGUAAAUUAUGUAAUAUAACUUGUUUAACUUGUGCUAAUUCUAAUUCUUACUGUUUGACUUGUUCAAUUGAAAAUUUUAGAUAAUUUACUUCUGGAAAUACUUGUGAAUGUAGAUAAGGAUAUUAUGAAGAUCCAGUUACUUUGAAUUGCGAAUAAUGUUCAAGUUCAUGUUUGACUUGUUCUUUAUUAUAUGAUAAUUGUACAAGUUGUGAUUCUAGUCUUAAUUUAUCUUUAGUCAAUAAUAAAUGUGCAUGCUCAUAAUCAUAUUUUUUUGAUCCUUUAACUAAAUAAUGUGAAUGUAAUAUUAUAAAUAAAUAAUUAGAAUGCAAUAUCACCUGCCUAGAAUGUUAAAAUAGUAACUAAUGCACAUAAUGUAGAUUGACAACCAGACAUUAUGAUGCAGAUGAAAAGAAGUGCUUAUGUAAUGAUGGAUAUUAUGAAACAAAUCAAUUAAAUUGUUAAUGUAUUUAUAUCUUUAAUCCUUUUUAGUAUGUCAUUUAUCAUGUGGUACUUGUUAAAACGUGAGUACUAAUUGUUUAACUUGCUAAAGUGUAUACAUAAGAAUAUUAAAAUAUAAUCAAUGUUUGUGUUUGGAUGGUUAUUAUGAUGCAGGAAUUGAAUUGUGUUAAAAAUGCAAUAAUAUUUGUAAGACCUGUUAAUCUUCUGCGGUAUCCUGUUUAUCAUGUUAUGAAAUUGAACAACACAGAUAUUAUUCAGGUGAAAAGUGUUUAUGCAAGAUUGGUUAUUAUGAAUCAAAUACAGAGAUAUGUUCAAGUAAUCAUUUUAAAAUGAUAAUUAGAAUGCUCAAAUUAAUGUUUAACCUGUUAAGGUUCUGCUGAAUAUUGUACCAGUUGUGAUACAAAUGAUUUCGUAAUUUUUUUUGGAUUUUAAACUAAUUUAAUCUUUUUUUGCCAUCAGUCUAAUGGAAAAAAUCUAAUAUCAAAUUUAUUUACUAACCAAAAUCUCAUUUUCUCUACAAAUUCUAAAAGAGUUGAUCAAUCUAUUAUCCAUAAAUGUCCUUGUAUUCUUGGAUUUUAUUCAGAUGAGAAUUAGAAUUGUUAAAGUAAAUUUUUAUAAUUAAAUUAAUAGAAUGUCAUAUUAAAUGUUAGACUUGCAAAACUUCUAACGACUAAUGUUUAAGUUGUAAUUUCUAAUUAAAUUCAAAUCGAAUGUCUAUAUCUGGUUUAUGUAAUUGUAAAGAAGGUUAUUUUGAUGAUGGAAUCUAACUUCAAUGCUAAAAUUGUAAUUUUAGAUGUAAGACCUGUUAAAUUGAAGAAAAUAAUUGUCAAAUCUGCUAGAAUAUAUUAAGAUUUAAUCCACCAUCAUGUAAUUGCAAGGAUGGGUAUUAUGAAGAUGAGUAACUUAUUUGUUAAAGUAAAUUUUAUUGUUUAAAAUAAGUUUGUGCUUCUCAAUGCAAUACAUGUAUAUUGCAACCAACAAACUGUUUAAGUUGUAAUCCAGGAAGAAUUGAAAAAGAUUGCAAAUGUAUUGAUGGAUAUUUUGAAAUUGGAUUAACUUUAUGCUCAUGUAAUAAUUUACUAAACUUUAUAUAGAAUGUGCAUUUUAAUGUGCUACUUGUGAAUUAGAUCCUUUAAAUUGCAAGACUUGUAAAGGUAAUAGAAUUCAAGAGCCUUAAUGCAUUUGUUAAUUUGGAUNUAUUAUGAUGCAGGAAUUGAAUUGUGUUAAAAAUGCAAUAAUAUUUGUAAGACCUGUUAAUCUUCUGCGGUAUCCUGUUUAUCAUGUUAUGAAAUUGAACAACACAGAUAUUAUUCAGGUGAAAAGUGUUUAUGCAAGAUUGGUUAUUAUGAAUCAAAUACAGAGAUAUGUUCAAGUAAUCAUUUUAAAAUGAUAAUUAGAAUGCUCAAAUUAAUGUUUAACCUGUUAAGGUUCUGCUGAAUAUUGUACCAGUUGUGAUACAAAUGAUUUCGUAAUUUUUUUUGGAUUUUAAACUAAUUUAAUCUUUUUUUGCCAUCAGUCUAAUGGAAAAAAUCUAAUAUCAAAUUUAUUUACUAACCAAAAUCUCAUUUUCUCUACAAAUUCUAAAAGAGUUGAUCAAUCUAUUAUCCAUAAAUGUCCUUGUAUUCUUGGAUUUUAUUCAGAUGAGAAUUAGAAUUGUUAAAGUAAAUUUUUAUAAUUAAAUUAAUAGAAUGUCAUAUUAAAUGUUAGACUUGCAAAACUUCUAACGACUAAUGUUUAAGUUGUAAUUUCUAAUUAAAUUCAAAUCGAAUGUCUAUAUCUGGUUUAUGUAAUUGUAAAGAAGGUUAUUUUGAUGAUGGAAUCUAACUUCAAUGCUAAAAUUGUAAUUUUAGAUGUAAGACCUGUUAAAUUGAAGAAAAUAAUUGUCAAAUCUGCUAGAAUAUAUUAAGAUUUAAUCCACCAUCAUGUAAUUGCAAGGAUGGGUAUUAUGAAGAUGAGUAACUUAUUUGUUAAAGUAAAUUUUAUUGUUUAAAAUAAGUUUGUGCUUCUCAAUGCAAUACAUGUAUAUUGCAACCAACAAACUGUUUAAGUUGUAAUCCAGGAAGAAUUGAAAAAGAUUGCAAAUGUAUUGAUGGAUAUUUUGAAAUUGGAUUAACUUUAUGCUCAUGUAAUAAUUUACUAAACUUUGUAUAGAAUGUGCAUUUUAAUGUGCUACUUGUGAAUUAGAUCCUUUAAAUUGCAAGACUUGUAAAGGUAAUAGAAUUCAAGAGCCUUAAUGCAUUUGUUAAUUUGGAUAUUUUGAUGACUAAUUAAAUGAAGAUUGUUAAAAAUGUGAUAUUACCUGUUUAGAAUGUAAUAUUAAUGGAUGCUUAUCUUGUUUUGCAAAUAGAUUAUUAGAUCAAGAUAUGAAUUGCAUUCCUCCACCAAACUCAAUUUCGUAUGAUAGUACACCUUGGUGUUCAAGUAUAUUUUUCCAAUAAACAAUUAGCUUGUGAGGUUGCAGUUAUUAAGGCAUAUUUCUCAGAUGACCUUAGUUAAAUUAUUAUUCAUUUUGAUUUCCCUUUAAAUCCAAAGGGCUUCAGUUCAUAAAUUCAAAUCAAUAAAUUUUGUAAAUAUUUGAAGUAGAAUCUGCAUAAAGCUUUGGUUAAAAUUCUGUUUGCUACCUUAACCCAGAAGAUAAUCAGGAAUUACUAAUCUCAUUAGGUGAACACUCGAAUAUAUAAGUUGGUGAAUAAAUCCUUUUUAAAAGUAAUGCCUUAUCUCAAAUUAAUUGCGAAACUACUUUAAAAAUAUUUAUCUUUGAUAUAUUACAAAUGCCAAUAAACCCUCUUCCUCCAUCAAUUUAAUAUCACCUGCCUUUACAUAAAUUAAAUCCUUUAUCAGAUAAUUCAAUUUAUUUAAAAUCAAUUUAAAACUAUGGAUAUAGAAAAUUAGAUAAUAUUAUUUGGAGUUAUCAAAUGA